UUUCACCAGCGUGACUCCUCUCCCUACUCCACCUUAUUAAAAAUGCAUUAGAUUUGUGUACGGAAAUGAGAAAUGUGUGGAAACUAGUUUCAUGCAUUGCACCAACAUACAGCAAAACAUACUGAACUAGUUCCAUAUCCUGUCUAGCAACUUAUUUUGUAUCUCUCUCUUCCCUGAUGCCUUUAAUCCUCCUCCAUCCUCCACUUGUUCAGACUGCAUACAACCCUUUUUUUGCCCAAUCCAUAAAACGGACUGUUACACACAUAUGCACCUAUACGUUAUUUAGGUGUAUAUUCCUUUUAAUCCGACGUAGAGACUGCGCCGGCAAAAUCGAAGGUUACAUUAUCAAGGUUUUCUUUCCUUAACACCUGCCGUGCUUGGUUUUGAAUAGGCUAUCAAAAAAACAACCAACUCUGCAGUCCUAAUAGCUCUCUAGGACAUAGAACAAGUCUUUCCUAAAAAACUUUCCGUCUCUUUUAUGCCCAAGAAGAAGUCACAUUAAGUUAAAUUAUUGAGACUUUCGUGCUGCUAGGAUGAGCGACCCCACGAUCUAAAUAAUUAAUGUGUAAUGGGUUAAAGCAGAGAGAGAACCAAACCAAACCGUGUGUAACGCUACAACAAGUUCAAGUUGAUUCCUUUAACAAAUUGUGGCACAAGAGGAAGAAAAGAUAACAUAAAAGAGGAGUUCUCCUACAUACAAAACUAUGUACAUGUGCAAAAUCAGAUUACGAUUUCCCUUUGCCACACGCACGACUUUGACUUACCCAAAGAUUUGCAAUUCUUUCAAAUAACUCUACAAGUAUAACACGGUCAUUAUUAUUAUCCGUCUACUGUCACGGUACGUAGUCUUACUGGGUUGGAACAACCAUACUACAUAAGGUUCCGUUAUUCGUCUUUCUAAAAAAACGCGUAUGUUUUCUGCACUAUGUGUUACGCUGAGGAAACCACGCUAACCACGCAGCGCAGUUGUUAUCUUGCAGGGGAAGUGAGCAAAGUUGGUUGAAGUUGUGCUGCAUGAAAUUUUUAUGGUGCUUCCUCGUCUAAACGCUACAAUAUAAGUCUGCUGCGCGCAAUCUAAUCUUGAGGAAUUGUAUUACAAAAUGUGAAAGGAAAUAAGAUAGUUUUAUCUUUUAAAAUACCAAUAAAAAUAUUAUGGUGAUCUCAGGAGUGAAAGGAAGUUGAGAGGAGGACUUCAAUAUUUGUAUAACCGGUUGACGAUUUCAUAAAUGACAUAAGAGAGAGAAAAAUUCCCUUUAAUUUGGAUUCAUGACUUCUUGGACGUUGAAGGUAUAAUAAUAAUCUGGGGAAAACUGUAAUUCGUAAUCUCAGGAAAAUGUCAUGAAGCAGUGGUUAGUGUUUGCAGAGAGCAAAAAUGCAUACUUUGUGUAUAAAAAGUAUAAAUUAAAUUAGACCUUGUUCUCUUCCUGUGUAAAAUUAUUAUCAAGAAACUUGUGUACCUCGCAACAAUACAUCAUCACAAUCUUACAUCUCUUACGACUUAUUCGUCCCCCGACAUCAUCAUCAUCAGUAUUAUCACAAUCAAUUCUCUUAAACAAUGUAGUUAUUAAAACAAUAUUAUUAUAUUAGUUACUCGGUGAACUUGACUGAGUUGACUCCUCGUCAGAAAAAGUGGUACUCAUUUCGUGCUUGACUAAAAAUAAGUAGUUUUUUUCCACGAAAUUAUUAUGCCUGCCGACUGCACAUCACUUUUACGUGGUCGAGGAACCAGUCAACCAAGACUUUUCUUCACCCUCUGUUUCAUCUUCUCUGUGGUAAUUGUUGUCGUGAUAGUGACAUUUCUAUACUACCCCCCGGACGGCGUCUCUGUUUCCAAUGGGGGUCACCACUCCUUUGACUUUGAGCAUCACGCGAGACGACCCGGUCUCCGUUCCGAGUUGCAUGGAAGGAGUCCCUCCCUCCACGAGUUGGACGGUGGUGGGGGCGACGACGCCGUAUUGUUGUCAUCCAUGGUGGUCGAUGGCAACAAUCAUAAUGAUCUGGACUACAAGAGUGGAGCAGUAAAUUUUGAUGGUACUCAACAAGAACAGCAUUCCGAAACCUCGCCAAGACUUAGGCACCAUCAUGCACAUCACAACCAUGGGGGAAAACCUGCCAUCAUAACUGUGGAGGAAGUGGAGCAGAGGCCGAUGUUAUCAAACGUGAUUGAGUCAAGGUUAUUGCAUUUCGACUUGAAGGGUGCUCCGCCAAAGAUAUCGUACUUGAAAGAGGUAUUGAAACUUGCAAAAAGGGCUGGGAUCAAUGGGCUCUUGUUAGAGUGGGAGGAUACAUUUCCGUGGUCAGGAUCCCUGUCUAAUUUAUCAAUGAUUGAGGGAGGCUAUACUCGUGAUGAGGUGGAGGAGUUGAUUGAUUUCGCCGAAUUGGUGCUCGACUUUGAAGUUAUUCCUCUCGUGCAGACUUUUGGGCAUGUGGAAUUUGUCUUGAAGGGAGCAGAGUUUCGUCAUUUGAGAGAAAUUGAUCAAGAUCCUCAAUCAUUCUGUCCGUCUAAAUCGGAGACGAUGAAGGUCGUCAGAGAAAUGAUUGAUCAAACUUUGGAGUUGCAUAAAAGGUCGAGAUUCGUGCAUAUUGGGUGCGAUGAAGUUUACAAUUUGAGGUUGUGUCCGAUUUGCACGGCAGCGUCGGAGUAUAAGGAAGAUCUGUUUCUGAACCAUGUCCGAGAGGUCGCAAAGUAUGUCCGACGCAAUGGUCGCAUCCCUAUAAUUUGGGACGAUAUGCUCAGAAUAAUUUCUGUCAGGCGUCUGAACGAGUCUGGAAUUGGAAAUUUGGUCGAACCAAUGGUUUGGGUCUAUGCUGAAGAUGUGGAUCGCUUCGUGGGGUGGGAAGCUUGGGAGAAAUAUGCAGAAAUAUUUCCUACAGUUUGGGGUGCAGGAGCGUUUAAGGGAGCGUUUGGCGAGACUCUAAACAUUCCACCGUUAAGUCGACACGCGGAUAAUACCGAUCGGUGGAUCAGCGUGCUUACAAGAGAAUCACCAAAGUGGAAAUUGGGCACGGCUGGACUGGUAUUGACCGGAUGGAUGAGAUACGAUCACUUUGCAGUUUUAUGCGAACUCUUACCAGCCGGACUCCCUUCGCUGAUUUACAACAGUUUGCAAAUAUCUAUCCCAGCGAGUUCUACAGCACGUAUUAAAAAUCGAGUAUUCAUGUUACCAAGUCAAGAGACUGACGAAUUCUCAAGCUCUUCUACUACCAAUAAACCUAACCCUUCAAGUUCUUCAGAAAUACCACAUGAUUACAACUUUAUAUCAUCUUCGGAGAAACCAAGCUCCUCAUCAUCUCGACAUCCUCCAUCAUCUCAACCCUCACCAUCUCACACCCACAUGUCGAAAAGAUCCCCGAACUACCGGCGACAAAUAGCUCACCCCAGAAUCUUAAUGGCAAAAGACCGUCUCGCACGGUUAUCUGCUCGCAGUGAAAUAUCUACGGGAGAAAUUUACGAUAAGUUUGACCACGUUGCGCGUGAAUUCUGUCAAAUCCUCAACUGUCCGAAUUACCACACCCGAUUGGACCAUUUACUCAAAGGUUCCGACACAGAGUUAAAUUUUGCAUCAAGAUGCAACUUCAGUGGCGUGGCAUUUUUCAGAUCAUUAUUCAGAUUAAAGGGUCUCCUCCACGAGAGCAAUGAGUUGCUGGCAAAAAUUGAGAAGAAACGUGGUUGGGUAACUCCAUACAACAUUCGACACAAUUAUUCCCUUCCACUCCGCGUUGAUGAAGUGUUAGCAGAAGUUCCCAGGUUAAAAAAUCAGCUUCAACUCGUAGUGAAAAGUAUUGAAACUAGUCUCAAGCCCAUUUUCAGACAGGAGGACGUUUUAGAAUGGAUAGAGCAGAAUGUUUGGGAUCCGUGGAAAGCAUUAGAGAAUUUAGAACUAGCUGGAAAUACUUUAAAGGCGAGGAACGUCUGGCCACGGAGACCGAUUCCUAUCCAAUGGGAAAUGGUGCAAGAUUUGAAGUUGUCGAGGGUAGAUCCGGAUGAGUUGUAGAGUGUUUAGGAAGCAUGCUGUGUCUAGGUCUGAUUUAAACAAAGCUAUUAAUCUUACAAGAAAAAAUGUUGUGUUCCUCUAACCAAAGCUUGCCUCUGCUAUCAAUUGCAGUACAAGAACAACGAUUACAUGUCAAUACUAUACACUAAAGUAAGUAUAAGUGCAUCAUCAGCAGUAUUAUUUUUACACGACACCUAUUCCACAAUGUAUAUAAAUACGUAUAUAAAUACUUGUAUCACAAUGAUCGUGUAUUCACACGGCACAAAACAUAUCACAAAAAAUCAAUCUACUAAUAAGUAUUUCUGCGUACCUUACCCGCAGCGUAGGGACCAUGAUUACAACAUGUUAUGAAACGUAAUUAUAACGACGAAACGCAUAUUUUCAGAAACCCAAAGAAACUUCCCUGUUGUAUUUUAAAUAUUAUAUUACCUGUUUACCACUUUUAUUAUUUACUGAAUCUCAUGAGCAUAGACUUGUUUAAUUGUUAACAAUUCCAUAAUACAGACUGGUUUGUUGUAUAUAUUUAUUGUAUGAGUUAUUUCUCGCAGUAGUGUGAGCACAGAUAUUUUUGUAUUUUUUUCAUCAAGCACACCCGUAAAUAGUGUGCACAAAUAUGUAACCUAUCCAUCCACUAUUGAUAAAGUACCGAUUAAAGGAUAAUAUAAGGAGGCAACUUGCUAACUAAACAGCUAUAUUUCCUUCCAACUUGGGCCUGGUGGUCGGUGUUACGUGACCUGAAGCUUGAAAUAAUAAGCUUCUUCUUUUGGCUAGGACUAUUUUUAUAGCCUAUUGCGAUGCGAAGUAGUAGUUAUGUAGUAAUUGAACGUAGAAAAAAUACGAAAUUGUUAUGUGGUAAUAUCAAUCAAACAUGUUAUGAUGUCAAACAAAUUGGUAAAGAAAAUAAUGAAAUGUUAUCGCUAAAUAAAAAUAUUAUUGUUGACCAGAA